AUGAUUACCCCGCAAAAACUUAGAAUCGCCGUCAUCCCCGGUGAUGGCAUCGGCAAGGAAGUCAUGCCUCUCGGCCUGCGCUGCCUUAAAGCAGCCGCUUUGAAAUUCGAUCUCGCUCUUGAAUUCACAGAGUUCGAUUUCGCUAGCUGCGACUAUUAUCUCAAGCAUGGCGACAUGAUGCCCGAGGACUGGCAUAGCACACUCUCAGCCUACGACGCCAUCUAUUUUGGUGCAGUGGGAAUGCCUGACAUCGUUCCCGAUCACGUGUCGUUAUGGGGCAGCCUUCUCAAGUUCCGCCGCGAAUUCGAUCAGUACAUAUCUCUCCGACCAUGCAGGCUCCUCCCCGGCAUCCCAUCACCCCUAGCAAAUCCAGGGGACAUUGACUUCUGGGUGGUGCGCGAGAAUACAGAAGGGGAAUAUUCUUCCAUCGGAGGCAAGAUCUUCGAAGGGACAGAGCGCGAAGUCGUGAUUCAGGAAACAGUCAUGACGCGCAUUGGAGUCGAUCGCGUGCUGAACUACGCGUUAAACCUCGCGCGCAGCAGGCCAAAGAAGCAUCUCACGAGUGCGACGAAGAGCAAUGGGAUUAGCAUCACGAUGCCGUACUGGGACGAGCGGCUGAAGGCGUUAUCGGCUGAAGGGGGGUAUGACGACCUUAAGAUCGACAAAUUCCACAUCGAUAUCUUGACCGCAUGGAUGGUUCUCAAACCUUCGCAGUUCGACGUUGUGGUAGGGAGCAAUUUGUUCGGAGAUAUCCUGAGUGAUCUGGGUCCGGCGUGCACAGGAACAAUUGGAGUUGCGCCGUCAGGUAACAUCAACCCUGAAGGCAAGUUCCCCAGCCUGUUCGAGCCGGUCCAUGGAAGCGCACCGGAUAUAUAUGGGAAGGGAAUCGCGAAUCCAGUGGGGAUGAUCUGGGCAGGGCAGAUGAUGCUGCAGCACUUUGGCUUUAAAGACGCUGCGGAUGCCAUGAUGAAAGCGAUUGAGGAUGUGCUUGCAGAAGGUGGGUCGCACAUCAUCACUCCGGAUAUGGGAGGAAGCACAGGAACAACAGAGUCGCUGGGUGCUGCCAUAGAAAAGAAGAUCCUAGGGGGAGCAGCGUGCACACAUCUGAAUGGCAGGCGUCGUUCCUUCAUCCGCCACUCCGCUCACUUCAUCAUGACAAAAAAGAGCGAUGCUACAUCCUCAUCUGUCAGGGUUCGAGACAAUCAGCGACGCUCCCGUUUGCGUCGUGCUGAACUCGUCCAGAGCCUACAGAAGCGCGUGCAGGAAUAUGAACGGCAGGGAGUUGCAGCGACCCUCGAAAUGCAGCAGGCUGCCCGCAAAGUUGCACAAGAUAACCUACGACUUCGCGCUCUUCUAGCACGCCACGGCGUCUCGAGUGAAGAGAUAGAAUCUUUCCUUCGGUAUCCAGAAGAUCCAAGUAAUGCGGAAGCUAGGGGGCCGUAUCUUCAAAGGCUGGCUUCGGGUCUCGAGCAACAGGCGUCCAGAAAGGAGGAGGAAUACCUCCCUAACGACGCUCAGUCUUCACAUCAGUCGCUGAGCGUUCGCUGGACGCGACAGAAAAUCACAUCGCACAAACUCUGGGGUCUUCACAACUAUCUGCAUGCACUACGCGGUCUAAAGAUCUGUCCCACGAAAAGGCCGCGCGAUGUAGCGAUUCGCAGAUUCACAGUGAACCAGACGAGGGUAAUUUCUCAUAUCCUAUGGUAG